CUGGAUCUAUGGUCAAACACUAAAGAACACUCAGGCAGGGGAUUUACUCUAUUCCCACAUAAGACACACAAGUUGAGUGAUGGGAAAAAGAUGUGAUCUUUUUGUCCUGGUGUGCAAUAUACACGCCAUUACACUGGUUGCCGGCAAAUCCAUUGCGUAUAAACUAACUGUUAUGAUGUCACCCAUUAAUGAGAUCACCAUGACUUCACUACCUUGUCAGCAGUUACAAAAAACAAUGCUUAGUGCCUUGUAUAGGUGGACUUUGACAGUUGUACUUGUUUGUAAGUUGGGAUCCUUAUAAAAGAUUUCCCUUCUUUCAUUUCCCUGGUUCAAAGAUAACUUGGGAAAAGAAAUUUGAGUUUUCAGAGGAUGAAUAACAGGGCUUUCUUGUAAAAGAACUCCCUUUUCUUUUUUUUCCCUGGUUCAAACAUAACUCCCUUUCUUUUUCUUUUUCCCUUUCAUUUUUCUCUUUCAGCUUUCUUGUUAUAUGUUGAUGAUGGAUCAUCAACUAUGAUUUGAAACAUUGAUGUUAAAAUUUUUCAAGCAAUUGAAUUCAGAGACAGCAAUUACUGGGAAAAGAUAUCUGAAUUUCAGAGGAUGAAUAGCAGGACUGAGUUUGUGAAUCCACGCAAGGUGAAUAAGGUGGUGUUGGCGAGGGAGCAAUAUGAGGGAGAUGGUGCCAUUGUCAGGCGCAGUAUUGGAAGCUCAGAGUUGAAAUUUUUGGACCCCUUUCUGUUUCUGGAUGAAUUCUCAGUCAGUGCUCCUGGUGGAUUUCCAGACCAUCCUCACAGAGGUUUUGAAACAGUGACAUACAUGCUGGAGGGAGCCAUGACUCAUGAGGACUUUGUAGGGCACAAGGGUACCAUCAAGGCUGGUGAUCUACAGUGGAUGACUGCAGGUAGAGGUAUAGUCCAUUCUGAAAUGCCAGCUGGAGCAGGAUUGCAACAUGGUUUGCAGUUGUGGGUAAAUCUGGCUGCCAAAGAUAAAAUGAUUGAGCCUAAAUAUCAAGAAAUUCAAGGGAAAGACAUACCCAAGGUUGAGAAGGAUGGAGUAAAGGUGACUGUUAUAGCAGGAGAAGCUUUGGGCAUCAAAUCUGCAGUGUAUACCAGGACUCCCACAAUGUAUUUGGAUUUCAGGUUGGAGGCAGAAUCUGUGCUUCAUCAGGCUAUUCCAGAGACUUGGAAUGCAUUUGUGUAUGUGUUGGAAGGUGAAGCAAGCUUUGGUGCUCCCAACUCACCUGUAGUGAGUGCUCAUCAUACACUUUUAUUGAGCAAUGGUGAUGGCUUGAGUGUGUGGAAUAACAGUCUGAAUAGCAAGCCCUGCAGGUUCCUACUAAUUGGAGGGCAGCCAUUAAAUGAGCCAGUGGUCCAACAUGGGCCCUUUGUCAUGAAUUCCAGAGACCAGAUUAUCCAAGCAUUUCAAGACUAUGAGCUUGGCAGAAAUGGAUUUGAGAGAGCCCCUGCCUGGCACUCUCAUAUGGUUGAAGAUGGGCAAAUAUGAUUCACACGUUUGAUUCUGAUGCUCUCUGCGUUCACACUAGGGUUUCAUUCAAUAUAACUUUUGUCAUCUGUUCCCAGCAAUGGGCAUAAUUGUCUCUCUUUCUAUCUCCCUAUACUACAUAAUAUGCCAUAUUUCUCUUGCCAGCAGGAAAAUUCCUACUGCUUUUUAUUGUGUUAAAGCUUGAAAUGUCAAUUGCUUUCAUUUCACUGUCGACUAAAUUGGCACAAGAACUUUGCAGUGGCCAUUUAUGUCAAGUAAUUGUGUAACCUACCAGUCAUUUAUGUGUAAUCUAAAUUUUCUUAUAAGGAAUCGACAUAUUGAUUAUGGAAUA